AUGGAAAAUGUAUUCCAUUCGAAGAGCUUUGUGAUGGAGUCUCUCAGUGUUCCGACGCCUACGAUGAGGCCAACUGUGAAGGUUCUCUCUACCUUUUCUACAAAAAAGUUCAGAAACCUAUGUUGAGAAUAUAUUGAAAACGUUGAAAGAGAAAAAAACUAGUUUUACUAUAAACCUCUUUUUGAAGCACAAUUUUUUACAGACGCACCCUUUUUUAGGAUCGACCUUCCGGUUGGUCAAUGGUUCGGACACCAGUGGCUACGUCGAAGUUCUUUUCCGAUCUCGAUGGCAACCGGUGUGCUCCCCAAUGACUCUCAACACGAUUGAUGGUAUUUGCGGAGAAAUGCGGAUCGGGUUUUUUUUCACCGAAAUAAAUACUAUCCUCUAGUUUCAGCUCUACUGGAAAAGCAGAAAGGAGCGAGAGAAGCCUGGCGAAUGGAUGGAACGUCAUUUGCGACAUGAAAUGCGAAUUGAGACGAUCAGAAGAGAACAACUGCCAGUCUCAAGCCAGAAUCAGCUGCAUUUCUGUGGACAGCGGUAGGCAUUUUUCAAUUGAACAAAAAGAGAUGUGCGAAAUAUUUAUUGAUGCUUUCGUGCUCCGGUGA